AUGGAUUUAAAUACAUCUUUUGUGUUGAAUGUGAGAAGAAAAACAAGCAGAAGGUUGGAUGACAGUGGUAAAAAAGCAUAUGUUGGUUGUUAUGAAUUUCACGUGGGUGCUGAUGUUACCUGGACUUUGGAACAGUUUAGCAAGGCUAUAUGUGAUCAGCAUGCUUGGAAUGUUGAUGAUGAGGUACAAUUCAGUUACUUUGACAAGUUUGAGAAUAAAUCUAUGAAAAUUAAGAGUGAUUUGGAUUUAUCUCUGAUGUUUGCUAUGCAUCUUGGAGAAAGGUCUGUUGUUGUCCAAAAUGAUGUGGUUAUUGGAGGAAGGGCUAAUCAGUCAAUACGCUCUCAACCAUCUUGUAGCCAAAGCCAUCCAGUGUUGACACUGGACUAUGAUGUACCUGAUGAGGUUGUUUAUGAUAAUGAGGAUGAGAGGUUGUAUCCAAAUUUGGUUAAAAGCCAUCCAACAUUAUUACUAGAUAACAGACCUGCACAAUUUGUGGACACUGACCAAGAAGAGGAAGAGGAGAACAUUGACAUGGGGAUGUCUGGGCAUGAAGAUGAUGAGGACAGACCAGUGAUCGAUUAUGACAAGGACAAUCCUUCCCUAGCAGAAGGCACCAUAUUUCCAUCGAUGGUUGAUUGUCGAAAUGCACUCGCUACUUAUUGCAUUAAGGGUGAAUAUGACUUUGAAAUUGAUAAAAGUGAGCCAAGUAGGUUGAGAGUGCACUGCACAUAUGAAAGGUGUAGAUGGAGGAUGCAUGCCUCAAAGAUGCGAGAUAGCACACUCAUUCAGGUCAAAGUGAACCCUUUUCCUCACACAUGUCCAAGUGUUGAAAGAAAAGAGACUUUGAAGAUAGCUAAGAGCAGGUGGUGCGCUGAUGUAAUGUUGGAUUGGGUGAGAGACAACCCAUGUAUUGGUCCAACUGCAUUGAUAAAGAAGAUACAUGAGAAGUAUGGAAUGAAGGUGCCUUACAUGAGAGUGUUUUAUGGUAAGGAAAUGGCUCUAGACAAGAUUUAUGGUCCAUGGAAGGAUAGUUUUAAGUUGAUGUACACUUUCAAAGCCGAAGUGGAGAAAGCAUGUCCAGGAAGUGUUGUAGAGAUUGACAAGCACACUGUGCAGUACAAAGUGAGGAAGAUGAUUAUGGAGAAGGAAUGCUUUAGAAGGGUUUUUGUUUCAUUUAAGGCUUGUUGGAAGGGCUUUUUAGAUGGUUGUAGACCAUAUUUAGCAGUGGAUGCAACUGCUUUGAAUGGAAGAUUUAGAGGACAAUUAGUAGCUGCUUGUGCCAUUGAUGCACACAAUUGGCUCUUUCCAGUUGCAUAUGGGGUGCUAGAGGCUGAAUCAGAAGAGAGCUGGAAAUGGUUUCUACAGAAUUUGCGAGUGGUUAUAGGUAUUCCACAUGGAUUGGUGAUACACACAGAUGCAUGUAAGGGUCUAGAAACUGCAGUUGAGGAGGUGUUCCCUGGAGUGGAGCAUAGGGAAUGCAUGCGUCACCUUGCAGCUAAUUUUGGCAAGAUCUUUAAAGGAAAGAUGUAUGAUGACAACCUGUGGCCUGCAUCACUAACCUACAGCCUCAAGAAGCAUAAUUAUCACUUGAGCCAAUUGCACGCAGCGAAUCCAAAGGUGAAGGAUUGGUUCAAAAAGAGUCAUUCGAAGUUAUGGAUGCGAAGCAAAUUCAAUGAAGUAUGUAAGGUAGAAUAUGUGAAUAACAACCUUGCAGAGUCUUUCAAUGCAAAAGUUAGAAAAAUCAAAGGGCUUCAUUUGGUGGAAAUGUUGGACAAGAUUAGGCAGAUGCUUAUGGAAAAGUUUGAGUUACGUCAGAGAAUUUCAGCUGCAAAGUUUGUUGGCCACAAAAUAAUCCCUUCUGUGAUGAAGAAAUUGCUUACAAAAACAAGGGGUUUGAAGAUGAAAAUGAUAAAGCGUACGCCAUUUGAGGCAGAGGUGACAGCAUACGACAGAGAAAAGAGGGAAUGGAGGUACCCAGUGAACUUAGAGAAGAGGACAUGUAGUUGUAGGCAAUGGGAGAUUACUGGCUUGCCAUAUAUCCAUGCCCUCUUCUUCAUUACCUCUCUUCGUGGUCCAGCUGCUGAAAUCGACCAAUAUGUGGAUGAUUACUUCUCUGUCACCAAGUUUAAUGCAACAUACGCUGAUAAUGUGCCUUGUAUUGAGUCACAACACCAGUGGGACAUAGUCGAUCCAGGAUUUGUGCUCCACGCUCCAGUACAGAGUAGAGCACCAGGGAGGCCAAGGAAGACUAGAAUAAGAUCAAGUGCAGAGGGCACUGGACUUGGCCCUAGGAGGCGGAAAUGUAAAAGAUGUGGAGAGUUCGGUCAUUUUGCUAGCAAAUGCAAAAAUGCCGUGGAUGCGGCUUUCGGAGAAGAUCAACAUUGGGGUGCAGAAAAUUCAGAAGUGCCGCCAUCCAAUGUCAUUGUAACCAGGGAAAAUAGUCCCCCUACCAUGCGCCGUCAAGCGCCACAAGCGCUGUCAUUCAAUGUCAUUGUAACUAGGGAAAAUAGUCCUCCUAGCAUGCAAAUUGAAGAAGUGCCACAAGCGCCGCCAUUCAAUGUCAUUGUAACUAGGGAAAAUAGUCCUGCUAGCAUGCAAAUUGAAGAAGUUCCACAAGGAGAAGAGAAGGAAGAGGAGGAAAUCAGUCCACCUAAGGAGAAGAGAGGGAAGAGGAGGAAAAAGAGUAAAAUUGAAGAUAGUCCAGCAAAUAACACAAGGAGCAAGCGACUUAACAUAGCAAGGAAGACUAAGAGCAUGAAACAACUUCUUAUGUAGCAUGGGUUGUAUUCAGCUGUCACUUCUUCUAGUUAUGCACUUCUUCUAGUUAUGAACUGGUAUCUUGCUGUAAUGCUGCUGUAAUGGUGCUGUAAUGCUGCUGUUUAUGAAUAAUGAACUGGUAUCUUGUUGUAAUGGUACUAGUCUUGAAUUUCUUGUUGUUUAU